AUGCGAACAUAUCUUGGUGUUCUACUGUUAUUGUUCAAUAAUGUCUACUGUGAUCUCAUACCGUAUGGCGAAGGCUAUGGGGACAGCUUUAUUCCGUUCGCCGAUGACCCAGUGGCUAUGGUAUUGAGGGCGCCGUUCGCGCUGUUCAACGAAAGAUACGAUGAGUUUUACAUUAGUCCACAUGGUGCUGUCAGCUUCGAAACGCCACUUAAUGGUAAGGAUGGGAUUUUGAUCAGUGAAAAGUUAGAAAAAUUGCAAAAACUUUGUUUACAAAACAUAAAAUGGCAAGAACUUUCGUUACAAAACAUAAAAUUGCAAGAACUUUCUUUACAGACCAAAAAAUGGCAAGAACUUUCUUUACAAAACAUAAAAUGGCAAGAACUUUCUUUACAAUACAUACCUGCUCCUAUCCCUUUAAAAACAUCCUCAAUGUAAUAUUGUUUUAGGUUUUGACGACCUGGAGAACAAGAAUGUCAUCGCCCCGUACUACCUCGAAGCCACGGCCGGAAACAUUUACUGGCGAAUGGACUAUGCCAAUUCUGAAUUGGACCGGAAUAUCACUCGGAAAAUGAGGAAAGGCUUCGAUCUUCGGGAUUUCAGAGCUACCGAGUUCAUCUUGGUCACUUGGGAGGACAUUGCUGGAGCUGGCUCAAAUGGUCUCAACACUUUUCAGGUAGGGAAGGUUUUUGUGGUGGGACUAAAAUCGUGUUUUGAAAAUUAAAAAUUGGAUUUUUAAGGCCAGUUUCGUCAUUUUUAACUAUUUUUUAUAAUUUUUAGGCUUGUUUUGCACAAUGCCAAAAAUCAGGGUUUUCGUGGUGGGACCUAAAAUUAAAAAAUUUUUGUGAGUAUUUAAAAAAAUAAGCUUUUAAGCAAGUGUUGGUUUAUUUUAGGUAUUUAUUAUCAUUUUUUAGCAACUGUUGCAGAAUGCCAAAAAUCAGGGUUUUUCGUGGUGGUACCUAAAAUUUUUAAUCUUUUUAAAUUUAAAAAAUUAUUUAUUUUAAGCUUGGUCUGGCAACUGACGGUUCUCAAUCAUACGCCAUUUUCACUUAUUCCAAGCUGGACUAUGCGUACUCGGGUGGGAAGUUCGCUCAAAUUGGCUUCUGGGGUCGUGGACAAGACACGGUUUAUGGCUUCAAUUCUGGCACUGAAGCCGCUCGGACUCUUAAUGGGUAUUGUUUUUGGUAAACUACGGUUCACAUACGGUUCUGGUCAUUAUCUUUUUUAUUUUUGAAAAUAUGUCCAAAAACCUUUCAUCGUAUAAGUUGUCUCAAAAUGAAUAUUUUGCUAUAAGAGUACUAAAAUCACAAUAAAAAAGGUUAAUUUUAACCUAAACAUGUUACAAUCGUUUAAAUUAUCUUUUUCAGAUUGGGCUUUUUGGGCGAAAAAGGCUUGUACGUCUACUAUACGGUGGGAAAGCCGGAGCUCGGCCAAAAAGAGGAAGAAGAAUAUGAUUAUAAAGAAAUGGAGAAGGAAUACGACGAAUUGAGUGACGAAGAAGAAGACGUCGAACAACCCAAAGGUAGGGUAUUGUAUUUGUUUUUGAAAUUUUUCGAUUUUAGGAGUUUUGACGAAAUGUCAAAAAUCAAUAAUUUGGUUUUUGACACUUCGUUACAUGGACAAUUUAAAAAUAAAACUAUUAUUUGACGUAAAAGUGAUAUAUUUUUCUAUUUUUUUAUUUUUAUGUUCACUUUUACACUCUAUGACAAAAUGUCAAAAAUCAAUAAUAUUGAUUUUGACAUUUCGUCAAAUUACAUAAAUCGUAAAAAAUAUGUGUAAUCGUGUUGUAUAUGUGCUGUUUGUAGACUGUCCACCAGACCCAUACGGUGAAAAUUGUCCGGCUCAUUGUUCUCGACCGGUCGAUAGUCGCGGUUGUCGUUUAUGUGUUUGUGCCGACCCGUCUGGUCCUCGUUAUAGUCCCAAUGGUACUUUUUUUGAAGUUCUAAAAUUUUUUUUUGUGAAAUUUGGAUUAAAUUGGUUGUAUUUUACAAACAAAUUUUUUAAUAUUAAAACUUAGGUUACCAACCGGCUGUCACUAACCAAAACACCCCCUCGGGCGGUGCAUUGACCUGCUCACCCACUCCAGCCGCUGAACACGAACAAUGUCACAACGAUGCGAGAUGCGAGUCGUAUGGACCGGGGUAUUGCUGUAAAUGUGCUGAAGGCUUUUUGGGUAACGGAAAACAAUGUUUCGCUAAAUGUAAGUGAACGAAAUGUCAACAAUUUUAUUGGAAUUUUUCAAAAACUUAAUUUUUAGGUGUUAAAUUUAUAUUUUUUGUUAUUAUACUUAUUUUAUUAUGCAUUUUAUGUUUCUAUGUGAAAAAAAUAAGGUUAGUUACAAAAUAGACAAAAUGCCACAAAGCUUAUUGAUUUUUUGAGAAAAUUGACGAAAUGUCACAAAAAUAUCAAAUUUUGAAAAAUUGAAAUUUCGUGUAAAAUAGGAUUGUCUGCAUUAUCGUUUUAUGUAUAAUUUUUGAUAUUUAUAACGAAAUGUCACAAAAAGUAUUGGAUUUUUGGAAAAGUUUGACGAAAUGUCAUAAGAGUAUCGGAUUUUUAAAAUUGAGCAUUUUUUUGUAAAAUACGCGUACUUUUUCCGUAACAUAAUAUAAAUUAAAAUAUUGAUUUUUCGAAGAAUGCUAACGAAAAGCCACAAAAUUUAUUGAUUUUUGCAGCGACGGCAGUGCGAGUCAAUGGUAACUUGGAAGGUGCGGUAAAUGGAAAUGAAAUCGAAAAAACCGAAUUCUACGUGUACAUCACACCAGAUGCUGGCCAACAACAUACCACCAUACCUAGAGUGUCGUCGACUCUUGGCUACAGUAUGCAGUUUUUGGAUGGAAUUGCCAAUAUUAAUGAUUGGUUGUUUGCCAAAGUGGAGAGUCAUAACGCAUUGAAUGGAAUUCAAUUGACUGGUAAGAUAAAUUUAAUUUUGAAAUUUAAAAAUUUUUUUGAAAAAAAAUUUGCAUUGUGCGUACAUUUUAUUAUUUUUGCACAGUGCAGUCGAUUUAUGACAACUUUUCAAAAUAUGACAUUUUUGGAUAAAGUUUUGGAAAUUUUUUGGGUUGUAAAGAAAGUUUUUGCCAUUUUUUGCUUUGUCACAAAAUUUCUUGCCAUUGCGGAUUUUGUAAAGAAAGUAAUCGCGAUUUUAAAAAUGAGGUUGCACUGUGCGGAUUUUUUAAAAUUUUUGCACAGUGCAGUGAAAAUUCUGGUUAGAAAUGAGAAAAUGACGAUUGUAAAGAAAGUUCUUGCCAUUUUUUGAUUUGUAAAAAAAGUUCUUGCCGUUUUCUGUUUUGUAAAGAAAGUUCUUGCUAGUUUUUGUUUUUAAAAAAAAGUUCUUGCCAAUUUAUAUUUUUUAAAGAAAGUUCUUGAUAUUUUUGUUACAGUACUCGUAAUGCCAUUACUUUUUCAACUUUAGGUGGCAAGCUAAACGUGACUAGUACCGUACUCAUUGGCGAUAAGACCCAACUCUUCAUCAAGCAAUUUUAUCGACCAAAGCCUCAGUCUUCUGAUCUGGAAGUCGACGUUACCGUAAGCGGUACCAUUCCCGACCUUCCGUAUGGUGCCACCAUCGAGUUCACCGACUUUGACGCCAAGUACACCAAGUCAGAAGCCGGUCGUCUGCGAAGCUACGCCGACCGUCACGUAGCAGUAACGGCCGAUUCGGUAGAGUCACAGUACCGGGUUACGGUAGAUACGCAGAUCAAGUACGAUGAGUGUUCGUUUGCGACCAGUAGUGCUGUCUUUAUGGUACAUACUGACAGGAUUAGUGGAGUGUUCGAGGCCAAGGAUGAAACCUUGAGGUUCGGUAGCCAAAGUGUGGUCUAUAACGAAGAAGAUUCGGCCAAUGCUAACAGCAAGAGAAGGGUACGGUAGUUUUUUGAAAUUUUAAAACUUUUUUGCUUUUAGAAAGGUGGGGUAGGGCUGGACAAAGCAGAGCAAAACGGGUCGAAACAGUGCAGGUAAGGGUAAUGGUAGGGGUGUGGUAGGGUAGGGCGAGGAACGGCAGGGCUGGGCUGAGAAUGAUGUGAAAGGGGAGGGCAAUUCCAGGUAGGGUAGGGCAGGGCAGAGCAAGGCAGAGGGUAUGGCGUGGCGUGGGAGGGCAAAGUAGGACAGGGCAUAGCAUUAGGUAUAGGGGCAGUGUAGGGUACGGUAGCUUAGGAAAUGACAGAGGGCAAGGUAGGGCAAAGCACGGCAGACCAGAGAUGAGUAUAAGGUAGGGUAGGGUAGGAUAGGGUAGGGUAGGGUAGGAUAGGGUAGGGUAGGGUAGGGUAGGGUAGGGUAGGGUAGGGUAGGGUAGGGUAGGGUAGGGUAGGGUAGGGUAGGGUAGGGUAGGGUAGGGUAGGGUAGGGUAGGGUAGGGUAGGGUAGGGUAGGGUAGGGUAGGGUAGGGUAGGGUAGGGUAGGGUAGGGUAGGGUAGGGUAGGGUAGUGUAGGGUAGGGUAUUGUAGGGUAGAUUACGGUUUUAAAUCAUUACAUUACUCAUGUUUCAGAACCCAUGUUCAGGCAACCACCUCUGUACUGAGCCUCACAUGGAGUGUGUGUCAGAAGAAGGCAACUUCAGAUGUCAAUGUCAAAGCGGGUACCAGCAUGAGCAUGACAGUUCAGUACAAGUUCAGUUCAGAUGUGUGGAUCGAAACGAGUGUUUGCAGCCGGGAAUAUGUGAUAGAAAUGCAAAUUGUGAAAACUCAGAAGGAUCUUACACUUGCACUUGUCGCCAAGGCUUUAUUGGAAAUGGCAGGAGUUGCCGACGUAAGUUGCGACAACUUUUUGGUCUAAAUUUUUUUGUGACGAUUUUUUGUAUUUUAUACUUGAUUUAGGCUUGUUUUUUAAACAUUUUUUUGAAGUUUUUGAAGUUGCAUGGUGCAAAAUUAAUAUUUUUUGCACAGUGCAAUCAAUUUUUCAAAUUUAUAAAAAGUGACAGUUGUAAACAAAGUUUUUGCAAUUUUUUGAUUUGUAUAGAACGUAUAUGACUUUUUUGGCUUCGUUUUAAAAUUUAACGUCAUUUCCUUUUUUGUAAAGAAAGUUAUAGUUUUUUGUAAAAAUGGUUGCACUGUGCAGUGAAUUUUGACGAAAAUUGAAAAAUAAGUUUUUAUAAACAAAGUUUGUGCGGUUUUUUGAUUUGUAAAGAAAGAUUUUUGACAGUAUUUGUAUUUUCUGACAAUUUCAUAUUGGUUUUUACUUUGUAAAGAAAGUUAUUACAAAUCUCGAAAAAGAAGUUGCACGGUACAAUUUGUGUUGGUUUUUGCACGGUGCAACCAAUUUGUGGCUUAAAAAAUAUCUGUAAAGGAAGUUUUUGCUAUUUUUUCUUUUGUAAAAAAAGUUUUUGCCAUUUUAAGAUUUUUUAAAGAAAGUUUUUGCCGUUUUAUGUUUUGUAAAUGAAGUUUUUACCAUUUUUUGUUUUGUAAAGAAAGUUCUUGCCGUUUUAUGUUUUGUAAAUAAAGUUUUUACCAUUUUAAAAGUUGUAAAGAAAGUCCUUGCCAUUUUUAAAAAGUUCGAAAUCUUUAGCCGAAGGCGAAGCAGGACCAGAAGCACCAGCUGGCAGUACCGCCUGUACCGAGCAUUCCCAAUGUCAUCAAUGGGGCGAGUGUGUAUUCGGCCAAAACGGUCAACCUGCCUAUUGUAAGUGUCGUGGCUGGUACGUGGGGGAUGGUGUGAAUCAUUGUGGACCACCUGAACCUCAGAACAACGAGAAUGAUGUGGACCGAUGUGGAGGUCACGUCUGUCAUGAACAUGCUGAAUGUAGGCAAAAUGAACAAGGACAGGUAAGGGUUUUGGAAAGAAAGUUUUUUCAUAUUUUAAAAAAUUUUUUGAUUUUAGCUUGCACGGUGCAGAUUUUAUAAAAUUUCGCACGGUGCAGUCAAAUUUUUUAAAAUUGACUUUAAAAAUACUUGGAAAGAAAGUUUUUGCAAUUUUUUUGAUUAGUAAAGAAAGUUCUCGCUAGCCUUCGUUCUGCUUGGAAAUUUCGUUUUUUUUGUUUGCCUGUAAAGAAAGGUAUUGCAAUUUUAAAAAAUUAGACUGCACGGUGCAGAUUUUAAAAAAUUUUGCACUGUGCAAUCAUUUAUUUGGCUGAAUUUUAAAAAAUAUUUAUAGAAAGUUUAUGCUUUUUUUCAAAUUGUACAGAAAGUUUUUGCAAUCAGGGCCGGGCGAGAGGGGGGGGGGACGGGGGAGGGACUACGUUUAAAAAAGUUGAACGUAGUCCCUCCUGUGGAUUUUCGGAAAAAAAAUGUCGCAAAAAAUCGGCACAGGUCCCUGUGCCGAUUUUUUGGACCCCUGCCUCCAGACCAAAAGUCCCCGCCUGGCCCUGUUUGCAAUCAUUAUCGUUGUAAACAAAGUUAUUGCGGUUUUUAAUAUUUGAAAAAAAAAUUUAAAUGUUUUAUAAAUUUUGACGUUUCAGGACAUUUGCGUGUGCCGAAACGGCUACCACGGUAACGGUGUUCAUUGUAUCCCACUACAACACGAAGAACAACAUCGUCACGUCGAUUCCACGGCCGCAGUCUGCCGAAACGACGCGGAAUGCUCGGAGAACGCUCAAUGUGUCUACAACGCUCACAGUAGAUACUAUCGCUGUGAAUGUCGUCCACCGUUCUCGGGUGAUGGUACAACAUGUGUAUUGGAUCAGAACCGACCAGCUCCACAGACUUGUGAAUCCAGUCUGGGCUGUCAUCGACACGCUAUUUGUGUAGCCACAGGGCAGAGGGAACCGGCUGCCAGAUGUCAAUGUACUCAAGGCUUCGAAGGGAAUGGAACAUGGUGUGUGGAUUAUGAUGAGUAUCGACGGCUUUAUGGACAAGGUAGAUUAAAGUUGUUGACGUAUUGA